AUGGCUUAAGAAGCUGGACAUAAAUUUGUAAAAAAUGCAGAUGCAGUUGCUGAUGAUCGUAACUGGAUUGCUCGUAUCUAAAAUGAAUUAAAUUGUGUAUCUGCAUGGUAAAAAGAUUGGGGUUUUUUGGCAGGAGGAGCUGAAAAUCUAGAUUUGAAAGAUGCCACUAAAGAAUACUCUAUUGAUGAAUAAAUUUCUAAACUUUAAAAUCAAGUUAACGGAUUGCAAAAAACUAAAAAAGAAACAUAAAAUUAACUCUAUGGCACAGGAAAAACAUUGGAAACUCUAAAAUUAGCUGAAAAUAAUAUUUAAAAGAAUCCUGACCUUAGAGCACUGGAAAGAAAAUUGCCAAAAGAAUGGAAAAAGAAAAAAUGGACUGCACCCGAGGAUCCAUAUGACCCUCUUAAAGAUUUGUUUAAGAAGAAGAAAUGA